AUGCAACCAGUCACUGGCGUUUCUACCCCUCACUCGGCUGCUUCGUUGAGACCUUUCAAUCUCGCCCAUGGCUCAAUCGAACACACCCUUCUCGUUCCUACCGCCCUGUAUCUUAACUUUACUCAGAUCAGAGACCAAUUCUACACAACUCUCCCUACACCAACAGAAGACUUUGUCGGAGAUGACGAACCCGCUUCUUCUACAGAACUUCUUGCUGCUUUCCUCGGCUUUGUAGCUUCUACCGUCGUCGAAGAACCUGGACCAUACGAUGAAGUUCUUUCUCUCGUCCUCACCGAGUUUGAAACUAGAUUCCUUCGCGGUAACAAUGUUCACGCAGUCGCAACUGCCCUUCAAGCCUCUCCAGAUUCAAACACAACCACCGCUAAAGUCAAGAAUGUCGUUAGAUCAUACUAUGCUGCAAGACUCGCCGCUAACCGCCCAAUAAAAUCUCACGAGUCUGCUCUCUUUAGAGCCAUUGAAGAUGGCCAAGCCUCCAUCUACGCUAUCUUUGGUGGCCAGGGCAAUUCGGAAGAUUAUUUCCAAGAACUUGUCGAGAUUUACUCCGUCUAUGGUGACCUUGUCUCUGACUUUAUUCAGCUCCUUGCUGACAAGAUUCUCUCUCUCUUUAGAACCCACGAAGACGCCAAGAAGAUCUACACAAAUGGUUUCGACAUUAUGAAGUGGCUCAAGUCUCCAGAAUCAACCCCAGAUGUCGACUACCUCGUCUUUGCCCCUGUUUCAGUCCCAAUCAUUGGUAUCAUCCAACUUGCCCACUUUGCCAUCACUUCAAAGGUUCUUGGCAAGACUCCUGGUGAACUUAGAAAAUACUUUUCUGGUGCCACUGGUCACUCUCAAGGUCUCAUUUCUGCCCUUGCUAUUGGCUCUUCCGAAUCUUGGGAAUCCUUUGAAGAAGAGGCUCUCAAGGCUAUCACUAUUCUCUUCUACAUUGGCUUUUACGCCCAGCGUUUCUACCCAAUCACUUCCUUGACACCUACUAUCCUCGAAGACAGUGUUGCCGAGGGUGAGGGUAAGCCUUCUCCUAUGCUUUCUGUCCGUGAUCUUUCCCGCUCUCAGCUCGAGUCUUUUAUCAAGGACACAAACAAGCAUCUCCCCAAGGAAAAACACAUUGGCAUUUCUCUCGUCAAUGGUGCCAGAAAUAUGGUCGUCACUGGCCCUCCUCAAUCCCUUUACGGUCUUAACCUUGCUCUCAGAAAGGCAAAGGCUCCCUCUGGCCUUAACCAAUCCCGUGUCCCCCACUCCCAGAGAAAGCUUCGCAUCACCAACAAGUUCCUCCCCAUUACUUCCCCCUUCCACUCUCAUCUUUUGAAGGAUGCCACUCCUUUGGUUCUUGAAGCUCUCAAGGAUGCCAAGGUCAAUUACCAAUCCAAGAAUAUCAAGAUUCCUGUUUUUGAUACUUUUGACGGCUCUGAUCUCCGCGACUCUUCUGAAGACAUUAUCUCCAGAGUCAUUGAGCUUAUUAACUUCUACCCUGUCAACUGGGAAGUUGCCACUAAGUUCACCUCCACCCACAUUGUCGACUUUGGCCCCGGUGGUGUUUCCGGCCUUGGCCCCCUUACUCACAAGAAUAAGGAGGGUACCGGUGUUCGCAUCAUCCUCGGCGGUGUUCUUGAUGGCUCCCUUAACAAUGAAGAGUAUGGCUAUAAGCAAGAACUUUUCGACCGUGAUAGCAGAUCUGUCAAGUUUGCCAUUGACUGGGUUAAGGAGUUUUCUCCUAAGCUUGUCUCGGCUUCUAACAAUACUGUCUUUGUUGACACAAAGUUCAGUAGACUCUUGGGUAGACCCCCUAUCAUGGUUCCUGGUAUGACACCCACCACCAUCCAUCCGGAAUUUGUUGCUUCCACCUUGAAUGCCGGUUACCACAUUGAAUUGGCUGGUGGCGGUUACUUCCACCCCACGAUUAUGACCGAGGCUAUUGAGAAGGUUGAGAAGACCACCUCUCCUGGUGUCGGCAUCACCAUCAACCUUAUCUAUGUCAACCCUUUCAUGAUGAAUUGGGGUAUUCCUCUUAUUAAGACUCUUCGUGAAAAGGGCUACCCUGUCGAGGGUCUUACCAUUGGUGCCGGUGUCCCCUCUUUGGAUGUUGCCAAUGAGUACAUUCGUGAUUUGGGUCUUAAGCACGUUGCCUUCAAGCCUGGUUCCACUGAAGCUAUCAAUACUGUUAUUUCUAUUGCUGCUGCUAACCCUACUUUCCCCGUUGUUUUGCAAUGGACUGGUGGCCGUGGUGGUGGUCACCACUCCUUUGAGGACUUCCAUGCCCCCAUCUUGCAAACUUAUGCUCGUAUUAGAAGACAGUCUAACAUCAUUCUCGUUGCUGGCUCUGGUUUUGGUUCCCAUACUGACACUUACCCCUACUUUACUGGUGAGUGGUCUACUGCUUACCACUAUCCUCCCAUGCCAUUUGAUGGUGUUUUGUUUGGCUCUCGUGUCAUGGUUGCUAAGGAGGCUUUCACUUCUCCUGACGCUAAGACUGCCAUUGUUGACGCUCCUGGUGUCGAAGACAAGGACUGGGAGAGAACUUACAAGGUCCCUACUGGUGGUGUCAUUACUGUCAACUCUGAAAUGGGUGAACCCAUCCACAAGCUUGCUACCCGCGGUGUUUUGUUCUGGCACGAGCUUGACAAUACUAUUUUCAACCUCCCUAAGCCUAAGCGUCUUGAAGCUUUGAAGUCUAAGCGUGCUUACAUUAUCAAGCGCCUCAAUGAUGAUUUCCAAAAGACUUGGUUUGGCCGCAAUGCUGAGGGUAAUACUGUCGAUCUUGAAGACAUGACUUAUGCUGAGGUUGUUUCCCGCUGUGUUGAGCUUUGUUAUGUCAAGAAGGAGUCUAGAUGGAUUGAUGUUUCUCUUAGAAACUUUACUGGUGAUGUCAUUAGACGUCUCGAAGAGCGUUUCACUCACCAGGCUGGUCAACAGGCUGUUCUACAGAGCUUGUCCCAGCUCGAGGAGCCCUUCAAGCUCCUUGACUCUUUGUUUGCCAAGUACCCUGCUUCUACCAAGCAACUCAUUAAUGCUCAGGAUAAGGACCACUUUUUGAUUCUCUGUCGCAGACCUACUCAAAAGCCCGUCCCCUUCGUUCCUGUCUUGGACGAUAACUUUGAGUUUUACUUUAAGAAGGAUUCUCUUUGGCAAUCAGAGGACUUGGCUGCCAUUGUUGGCGAGGAUGUUGGCCGUACCUGUAUUCUCCAGGGUCCUGUUGCUGUCAGAUGGUCUACAGAAAAGGAUGUCCCUGUUAAGGAUAUUCUUGAUGGUGUCCACAAUGGUCUUAUUGAGUCUCUCCUUAAGGACAUUUAUGGCAAUGACAAGAAGAAGAUCCCCACCACUGAAGCUUUUGGCCUUCCUGCUUCCCAGCCUAGCGCUGAUAUCGAAGCCCAGGUUGGUUCCAACAUUCUUGUUUCUCGCCAGGGUUCUUCUAUCUCUUACAAGAUUUCUUCUAAUGAGUCUUCUCUCCCCUCCAUUAACGAGUGGAUUGAUCUUAUCGUUGCCGACAAGGCUGGCUGGUUCAAGGCUCUUUUGACCACUGACAUUAUUGUCCAGGACACUAAGCAUAGACCCAACCAGAUCCGUCAGCUCUUUACUCCUGUUCAGGGUCUCAAUGUUGACAUUGCCAAUGCUGACUCUGAUAAGCUCACUGUCACUGUUUCUGAGCUUAUUCAUGGCAAGCGCACUAAUGUCAUUACUAUCUCCAAGACUGCUUCUGGCACCAUCAAGGUUGAGCUUAUUGAGGAGCGCACUUUUGAGCGCGCCCCUGUUGCUUUGGAGCUUCUUUACAACUACAGACCCGAGUUUGGCUUUGCCCCUAUUGCUGAGGUUAUGGCUGACCGCAACACUCGCAUCAAGAACUUUUACUGGCGUGUUUGGUUUGGCUCCAAGGAGUCUAUUGACUUGAACAUUGAUGUCACCAAGCCCAUCCCUGGUGACAACACUGUUGUCGAUGUCAAGGCUAUUGCUGACUUUGUCCACGCUGUUGGCAACAAUGGUGAGGCUUAUGUUUCUCGCCCUAGCAAGACCACCUUGGCUCCUAUGGACUUUGCCAUUGUUGCUGGCUGGAAGGCCAUCAUCAAGGCCAUUUUCCCCAAGGUCAUUGACGGUGAUAUUCUCAAGCUUGUCCACCUUUCCAACAGCUUUAACAUGAUUCCUGGUGCUGAGCCCUUGAAGGAAGGUGAUAACGUUAUCUCCAAGGCUAUUCUCAAGUCUGUUGUUAACCAAGAAACUGGCAAGGUUGUCAGUGUUACUGGUGUUAUUUCCCGUGAGGGCAAGCCCGUCAUGGAGGUCACCUCUGAGUUCUUUUACCGUGGCGACUACAAUGACUUUGAGAACACCUUUGAGCGCAAGAGCGAGGCCCCCAUCCAGAUUAGCCUCCAGACUCCUAAGGACGUUGCUGUCCUUUGCUCCAAGGAGUGGUUCCAGCUUGAUAACACUGACAUUGAGCUUCUUGGCCAGACCCUUACCUUCAGAACUGAGUCCUUUGUCAAGUACAAGAACAACACUGUCUUCUCUUCUGUUGAGACUACUGGCCAGGUUCUUUUGGAACUUCCUUCCAAGGAGAUUAUCCAGAUUGCCACUGUCGAGUAUGAAGCCGGUGAGUCUCACGGCAACCCUGUCAUUGACUACCUCCAGCGUAACGGCAAGACCAUUGAGCUUCCUGUUUACUUUGAGAAUGCCAUUCCUCUUAACGGUGGCACUGAGCUUGUUUUGAGAUCUCCUGCUUCUAACGAGCCCUACGCUAACGUUUCUGGUGAUUACAACCCUAUCCACGUUUCUCGCAUCUUUUCCAAGUAUGCCAACCUUCCUGGUACCAUCACCCACGGAAUGUACUCCUCUGCUGCUGUCCGCUCCCUGGUGGAAGUUUGGGCUGCUGAGAACAAUGCCGCUCGUGUCCGUGCCUUCAAGUGCUCAUUUGUCGGCAUGGUUCUCCCUAACGACGAUAUCCAAGUCAAGCUUGAGCACGUUGGUAUGAUUAACGGCCGUAAGAUUGUCAAGGUUGAGUGCAUUAAUGUCGAGACCCAAUCCCCUGUCCUCACUGGUGAGGCUGAGGUUGAGCAGCCCAACUCUUCUUAUGUCUUUACUGGUCAAGGUUCCCAGGAACAAGGCAUGGGUAUGGACCUUUACGAGUCUUCUCCUGUCGCUCGUGAAGUCUGGGAUCGUGCUGACAACCAUUUUGUCAACAACUACGGUUUCUCUAUUGUUGACAUUGUCAAGAACAAUCCCAAGGAGCUUACUGUCCACUUUGGUGGCCCCCGUGGUAACGCCAUCCGUGAGAACUACAUUUCCAUGAUGUUUGAGUCUAUUGAUGAGAAUGGUCAGAUCAAGUCUGAAAAGAUCUUUAAGGAUAUUACCGAGACUACUGACUUUUACACAUUCAAGUCUCCCACUGGUUUGCUGUCAGCCACCCAGUUCACUCAGCCCGCUCUUACCCUCAUGGAGAAGGCUUCUUUCGAGGACAUGAAGUCCAAGGGUCUUGUUGCCGCCAACUCUUCCUUUGCUGGUCAUUCCCUCGGUGAAUACUCUGCCCUGGCUUCUCUCGGUGACGUUAUGCCUAUUGAGAGUUUGGUCGAGGUUGUUUUCUACAGAGGUAUGACUAUGCAGGUUGCUGUUCCUAGAGAUAGCCUGGGUCGUUCCAACUACGGUAUGUGCGCUGUCAACCCUUCGAGAAUCUCACCCACAUUCGACGAUGCUGCUUUACGAUUUGUCGUUGACCACAUUUCUCAACAGACUAAGUGGCUGUUAGAAAUUGUCAACUACAAUGUCGAAAAUACUCAAUACGUUGCUGCUGGUGAUCUUCGUGCCCUUGACACCCUGACCAACGUUCUUAACUUCCUUAAGAUUCAGAAACUUGACAUUGUCAAGCUCCAGCAACAGCUUUCUGUUGAGAAGGUCAAGGAGCAUCUUACUGAGAUUGUUGAAGACGUUGCCCAAAAGUCGUUGGCUAAGCCCCAGCCCAUUGACCUUGAGCGUGGUUUCGCCGUCAUUCCUCUUAAGGGUAUUUCUGUCCCCUUCCACUCUUCGUACCUCCGUGGUGGUGUUAAGCCCUUCCAACGUUUCCUUGUUAAGAAGAUUCCUCAGAAUGCUGUCAAGCCUGCCAACCUUAUCAACAAGUACAUUCCUAACUUAACUGCCAAGCCUUUUGAGAUUACAAAGGAGUACUUUGAGGAGGUUUACAAGCUUACUGGUAGUGAUAAGAUUAAGAGUGUCUUGGACAACUGGGAGAAGUACGAGAGUUCGUAA